AUGGGUGACUACGAGCCAGAAGUAGCCGACUUGCCUACGGCGCAGAUCACUGAAGCCAAGGGGGCUCUGAAUGGGGUCUCCAAUGGUGAUAGUGGUGUUCUUUACCGCCAACUUCGCCAGACACCUCUCAACAUUGUCAGCGGUAGGGGAAGUUACCUCAUCACAGAUACCGGAUUGGAAAUUCUAGAUGCCACUUGCGGCGCUGCGGUGUCCUGCCUAGGACACAACGAUAAGCGGGUACACGAGGCCAUCCAAGAGCAACUACAGAAGGUAUCCUACUGCUAUUCCGUAUUCUUCACCAACAGUGCGAUGGAAAGACUUUCCAAAUUCUUGGUCGAUUCAACUGGAGGCAAGAUGUCUCGAGCAUUCAUUACGGCUUCAGGCACCGAAGCUGUGGAAGCUUCUUUGAAGAUGGCAGUUCAGUAUUUCAUGGAGCUGCCCACACCUCAGCCCCAACGAGUCAAUUUUGUCGCUCGCAAGCAAUCAUAUCACGGCAACACUCUCGGCUCACUAUCGGUGGGUCAUCAUGUCGGCCGCAGAGCUCUUUUUGAGAAGAUUCUAGCGAAGAAUGUCUCACAUGUCUCUCAAUGUUACCCAUACCGAGAUAUGAAACCAGAUGAGACAGUUGAAAGCUACGUUGGCAGGCUUGCUCAAGAGCUGGAAGAUGAGUUUCAAAGACUCGGACCCGAUACAGUCUGUGCUUUUGUCGCGGAGACAAUGGCCGGUGCUACAUUGGGAUGCAUGCCUCCGCUCCCUGGUUAUUUGAAAGCCAUGAAGGAAGUAUGCCAGCGUCACGGUGCGUUGCUCAUCUUGGAUGAGGUAAUGUCGGGUAUGGGCCGUACUGGAACCCUGCACGCUUGGGAGCAGGAGGAUGUCGUUCCCGAUCUUCAAACUAUUGCGAAAGGCCUCGGCGGUGGAUACGCCCCUAUUGCUGGUCUUCUGAUUAACCAGCAUGUUGUCGAUACAUUGACGAAGGGUACUGGGGCAUUCGCUCACAGCCUGACCUACCAAGGCCAUCCGGUUUCCUGCGCAGCUGCUUAUCGGGUGCAGAAGAUUAUUCAGGAAGAUAACCUUCUUCCUAACGUACUUGAGAUGGGCGCCUACCUAAGCCAAUUACUGCACGAGAAACUUGAUGACCACCCCCAUGUUGGCGAUAUUCGCGGACGAGGGCUCUUUUGGGCUAUUGAAUUUGUGAAAGAUAAACAAACUAAAGAGCCUUAUCCGCCAUCACAGGGUGUGGCUUGGGCUGUUCAUGCAUCCGGACUGAAGCCGGAGCAUGCUAUCUCCUUCAUCCCUGGCAAUGGCGGAAUAGACGGUAUCAAUGGCGACCAUGUCUGCUUGGCCCCUGCCUAUAACACUACUCGGGCAGAGAUUGAAUUGAUUGUUGAUCGUGUGACUCAAGUUAUUCAGGACGUUUUGGGUCAAUAG